AUGGAAAAGUCGGCAGAGGCCGGUGUUGAGUCCCCCCAGAUAUCUUGUCCGUCGGACCAGCAACUUACUACAGAUGGUGUCAACCCGGCCACAGAAAAGUCCACGGAGGCGCACCAGUCAGAAGCAGAGGAAGAUUCACACUGGAUCACAGGGAGAAAGCUGCUUGCCAUCAUGGUCUGUAUAACCGCCGUGUUGUUCCUCGUGUUCCUGGACACUGCCAUCAUUUCCACUGCCAUCCCCAAAAUCACGGACGAGUUUCAUUCCCUCCACGAUGUGGGAUGGUAUGGGUCAGGCUUCCAACUGCCCUCAGCGGCAAUACAGCCCCUGACUGGAAAAAUAUACUCGAAAUUCAGGAACAAGUGGACCUUCUUAAGCUUCUUCCUCCUCUUCGAGAUUGGAUCUGUAAUUUGCGGGGCGGCCACGUCCUCUACGAUGCUCAUUGUCGGACGAGCGGUGGCAGGGAUGGGAAGCGCUGGCCUAUUGACCGGGGGGUUAAUCAUCAUCUCCGCCUGCGUCCCGUUGCACCGUCGGCCGGUCCUAGUUGGAGGCGCUCUGACCGAGUACACAACCUGGCGGUGGUGCUUCUACAUCAAUGUCCCCAUCGGCGCGGUGGUCGUCUUGUUCAUGAUAUUCGUCGUCAUCCCCGACGGCAGCGUCAAGGCCGGGCCUCUGACUGUCCUGCGCUCUAUCCAUCGCGAGCUGGAUCUCGUCGGGUUUGCCCUGUUGGCCCCGGCCGUCAUUCAGCUCCUCCUGGCGCUGCAGUACGGCGGCAACCAGUUCAGCUGGAACUCGUCCCAAGUCAUUGGGCUCUUCUGCGGUGCCGGCGCCACCGGCCUCGUCUUUUGCGCCUGGCUGCUGCACCGCGGCGACGAAGCCCUCAUACCACCGUCGCUGGCGGGCACAUCUGCCGUCUGGUCAGCCUCCCUGACCCAGACGUCCUUGUUCACGACCGUCUUCUUGGCAGCUUACUUCAUUCCCAUAUACUUUCAGACCGUCAAGGGCGCGAGCCCUCUGCUGUCGGGGGUCUACAUGCUGCCCGCCAUCUUCGCGCAACUCUUGGGAGCCGUCUUGUCAGGGGCAAUGGUCCAGAGGACGGGCUACGUUAUUCCCUAUGCGCUCGCCGCUUCUGCGCUCACGGCUAUCGGCAAUGGCCUGCUCGCCCUCUAUUCGCCUUCCACGUCCGUUGGCAAGUGGGUUGGCUACCAGCUGAUUGCCGGUCUAGGACGCGGUCUUGGAUUGCAGAUGAGCUUGCUUGCCGUCCAGACGGCUCUCCAACAGUCUCUCGUUCCGGUUGCAACCUCGCUUGUCAUCUUCGUACAGACUCUUGGCACGGCCGUCUUCCUGGCCGUCUCCAACACUCUUUUCGACCAGAGUCUUGUCAGCGAGCUGUCCGUGAACGCACCCAAUGUCGACCCCACCCAAGUGAUCGCUGCCGGAGCCACCGGGUUUCGAGGCCAUGUGAACGUCGAGGACAUCCCCGGCAUCUUGUUGUCUUACUCGAACAGCAUCGACCGUGUUUUUUAUAUCGCCGCUGCGCUUGGGGCUGUCGCAUUCGUGACAUCUAAUUUCCUAGGGUGGAUUGAUUUGCGAUCAAAGAAACCGGUUGCGGCGGGAACAGUGGAGGCGUGA